CCUAAACCAACAAUACACUUACCUCGUGACUUCCACCAGCACCUAGAGCACGGGGCACUUUCUUAUCUUCUAUUUCCUUUCUGCGGAUGCUGUUAGAUGUACCGUAGAGUCGGUUAAACGGCCGCGAAUGCGACCCGAUGCGCGCUCGAUAAAAAAAAUCAAUGCGGCUUCGAUCGAUCCGAAAAGGCGCUAUGCGGUUUUCUUGAAGUAGUGUGGAAGUUCGUUUAUUUCUGCGGGGAACUUCUCCAUGAUUCGAAGUGAUUGAGGAAAAUUAGUGGAUUUGCUAAUGGAGAUGGUCUCGUUCGCGGUAUCCACUGGUGUAGGGGUCAGUCUGGUGGCAGGAAUUUUGUCAGGAGUUUGUUAUGUUUUGGUGUACAGUAAAACGAGCAGGAAAAGUACCAAAAAAACGAGUAAAGCGCAUUCUUGCGCCGUUUGUGGCGAGUACUUCAGGUCCAUCGAUCACAUCCUAAAAGGCGACAGUACCGUGGUGUGUGUGAAGUGCCAGUCGAAGGUCUGCGGGCAAGGAUGCGCGCGAGAACAACAGGACGAAUGGAUUUGCAAGAACUGCCUCAGGCCUCCGGAGACUUGGUUUCAAGGAUUCCUGCACUCUCUGCAGCCGGGUAAAAUAAGCGAUGAUGGGGAUGAGAAGGAUUCGGUCGAGUCGGUCGGGAAGGGACGUAACAGCAAUAAUGUGAAGGUUCAGGUGCAGGAUUUUAUCGAGAAACUGGUGAAUUCCAUGCUGGGCCAAAACAUAGAUGAUGCUACCAUAACUAAAAUUUUCAGCGAUGAAAAUUAUCUUCCAUUAUCUGGUCAACAAUCGCCAUGCACAGCACACGCGGCCCUGAAGCAGCUCAUAGAAAAGCUUCUGUUGGAAGUUUUGCAUAUGCCAGCCCUUCAACGAGCCCAAGACAGUACCAUAUCCACGUCAAAUGCGAAGGAUAAGACCUACGAGGAUCUGCUGGCGACGGCUAUUUUAAACAAAGUUAUAUCGAAUUCGCAAGCGCGUCCUUCCUCGUCGGCAGCCAGCGUAUCCAGCAGAUUGUCGAACAACUCAAAUUACAAAGAAGAUAAAGAGUACUUCUUCGGGGAAGAGACGUUGGACAAUAAAUGGAGAAACGCAGAUUUGGAAACCACGUCCGCCUCGAGCUUAGAAGACUGGCUUCAAACCGACUCCAGCUUCGGUUCGAGGAAGUACGUCGAUAGAGUCACUCUCACUAUAAAACAAAACAUCGAGGAACUGUCCCAAGCGAGCGAUUCCGACGAGGAUGAUCGAUUCAACGACAGCGAGUAUUUCACGACGAAAUCGGCCAUUUGGAGCGACGACGAGCCGAACUGGUUCCUGCAGAAGAGGCAGUUUCAAGGGGGAACGCAUUCGCCCGUUCCCGUGCCUAUGCUCGUUCCUAACCCCACAACUGAAGCCAAAGUGUUGAUUGGCGACAAAGAGGUUGAUGAAACGUCGGAUUUGUCUGAUGUAGAAUCGGAAUUCGGUGACACCGAAAUUGUUCCUACCAGGCAUAGCGUUCUCGUCGAUUCUAAAUCUAUUAUAGGAGGGAAGAAUAUUCUGCAAAAUGGUGUGGGAAGAGGAGGAGAAUCUGGAAGUGAAUCUUCCGUGGAUUCGGGGGUGAAGGAAGUAGGUAGAAAUCAAUCGCAAUACGACACAUCAGAUUUCGCGGAAACUUUGGACAGUGACAGUGUAAAAAAGACACAAAACUACGCCGAGGAUACCCCCAAGACCGAUAUCCAUGUAGAUGACGAUAAUAUAGAAGAAGAGACAUCUUUGCUAUCUAAUUACAGUAAUGCCGAACAAGAAGCGGAGUAUAUCGAAUAUUUCUCCGCGUCUCUACCAAGGAAAGUGGAAAAUAAACCUCAACCUCCUGCAAGGCCGUCUUUACGUACACCAAAACAACCAUCUAGAAUUAUCGAUAAAGCAGAUUCGAAAAACAGAAACUUUUUAGAACACGAAUACGCUUAUUCAGACGGCGAUGUGAACGAGUUUUCGGGUAGAUACAGUAGAAGGGAAAAAGAGAAAUGGAAAAACGCUGUAGAAAUGAAAAACAACCCGUAUUCCAAAGAGAACAUAGAGAAGAGAAUAAACCGAUCUAACAGCGGGGUAAGCUCUGUAUUUGGACCCGAUUACUAUGCCAAAUUAGCCUCUUCCCCAUCGGGAACGAAAAGUAAAUCGCCCAAGAUAUUCGAGGAAAAGACCUUUUCACCUCACGUAGAAGUCGAUAAACGCGAAUCGACCACUUCCGAAGCAGAACACUGUUACAGGGCAGAGCCUAUAUUCGUCGAUGAAGCGGCACAAAAUGGAACGGAAGAGCUUCAGGAAUACUCCCAACAUUCGAUGGUGGAUCAGAAACCAACGGAAACGGAAAGCAACGACGACUCGAUUCAAUACGUGGCCGAAGUGACGAGCGACAGCGAUCUGAGCUACAUCAAUUGCUACGACGUCACCAAGUCGCAGGUCUACAAGAAACCGGUGGACAGCGAACCGGCGGCUCAGAAGAUCACUUUCGUGAAAAACGCGAAAGCUCAGAAGCAACACAAACCCGCCGCCAAGCCUGCCGCCGUUUCGGCCACCAACUACGAAUUGAAGCGCCACAAAAGCGAGUCCGAUUUAUACGAUUUGGAGGAAACGCCGAAGGUCCUGCCGAGGAAAAAGGACAACACUCUGAUCUCCAAGAUAUACAAAGUACUAUCCAAGUCCGAUUUGAGCGAAUACCCCACCUUCAGGACCCAACUCAGCACGCCCGACAUGCACUACUUCCACAGCGACAACACCAACAGCUUCAGUUCUCAAGACAUGGACAUUUCCAAUGACGUAAUGACCAUCACGAAAACGAUGUUGUUGAGCUCAGAAGACGACUAUUCCGACGGUACCGCUUUCAUCAGACGCCCGAAGGCCGGAAACAAUUACAGCUCGAGCGAGGACGCCUUGUCUUUCGACGAAACGGACGGAUCGAAUUCGAUUUCGAAAGGCCACAAGCCGCGUAUUGGCGCGCUGGCGACGCCCGCUGGCGCCGCGUUCGCUAGAAACGACGCCAAAUCAAUCGAGCCCAUCGAUGAGACGCCCAAGACGCCCAAGACGCCCGCAGAGCCCGCCGUUCCGAGCGAAAGGAACGGUGCAAACGACUCGGACGGCGAGAGAUUCGAGAAUGCGCAUUCGGAGGUCGAUGAAUUGGCGAAGAAGAGAAUCGUGCACAAUAUUUUAGACAAAUUGAACUGCCCGCGCUCGAAUUCUAACGGCGUCGUGUCGAGGGAAAGUGCUAACGAAAUUAUCAAGGAAUCCAACGAGGACGUUAAAAUGUCGGUGAAGGAGUUGAUGAAGAAAUUCGAAGCGAAUUCUGGUAAGAAUCAGGUUAUAUCCAGUCUUACAGCUAGAAGCUUAUCAAGGCACACAAAAGAACUGCUAAGAGAAUAAAAUGUUUAGAGGUAAAUCUUCACAAGCCAUACAUUGCUAAAUCCGGACAAGGCAAAAUAUAAAGACUUCAAAGAUAUUAUAUUUAAUUUGUAUAUAAUUUUUUAUUUUAAUCUUAGCCAAAUCCUAUCUUAUUUACAUAUAAAAAAUAUAUAGUUACCAUUAUUACGAGAAGUGCAUUCCUUCUGAAUUAAAGGCGUGUAAUAAGCUGCAAAAAAUUGU